AUGGAUAAGCCCGCUGCUUCGUCCUCUGCAGUUGAAACCAUCGCCAGGGAUGCCCUCGACGACGACGACGACACCACGCGUGUUGUGGACCACGCUGCUGAGCGCAGCUUGUGCUUCAAGUUUGACGGGAGGAUCCUGCCCGUCCUGUCCCUGAUUUAUAUGUUCAAUGCCCUCGACAAGGCCAACUUGAGCAACGCAGAAACAAACGGGCUCAGCAGCGACUUGAACUUGAAACAGGGCCAGUAUAACCUCGUUGUAUCCGUCCUCUUCAUCCCCCACGUCGUCUUCGCACCUCCCUUUGCCAUGCUCGCCAAAAAGUACGGGCCGGCCCGAGCUCUGCCCGUCAUGAUGUUCGCCUUUGGGUCCGUGACGCUCCUCACAGCCGCCACGCAAAACUUUGGCGGCCUCUUCGCCGUCCGCUGGCUUCUCGGCAUGGCCGAAGCUGCCGUUUUCCCCACCGGCGUCUACUACCUGACCACCUUUUAUCGGCGCGGCGAACUGGCUCGUCGGCUGGCCGUCGUCUUUGCAGCCUCCAACAUGGCCCAUGCCUUUAGCGGACUGCUUGCCUCGGCCGUGUUUAGCAUCAAGUCCGGCAUGUAUUCCUGGCGGUACCUCUUCCUCAUCGAGGGCUCCCUCACCGUGCUCUUUGCCGUGUUUGCCUACUGGUAUCUUCCGUCGAGUGCGGCGCAGGCCAGCUUCCUCAGCCAAGAGGAAAAAGCUCUCGCCUUCCGCCGCAUACAGGUUGACUCGUCGUCGGUCGUCUCGGAGGAGUUCAGCCUCAGACAGGCUCUGGGCAUCUUCAAGUACCCGUCGUCGUAUGCCUUUCUGGCCAUUGAAGUGUGCCUGGGCGUGCCUCUCCAAGCGACAAGCUUGUUCCUGCCCCAGAUCAUUCAGCGCCUGGGCUACUCGCCCGUCAGGACCAACCUCUACACCGUGGCGCCGAAUGUCGUGGGAGCCGCCGUGCCGCUGGUUCUGGCGUUUGCAUCCGACUACCGACGCACCCGAUUCCCGUUUGUUGCGCUGGGCUUCGCGCUCACGUGCGUCGGAUACGUCAUUUACGCGGCGCUGGGAGACGUCCAGGCCCAGAUUCGAGUGGCGUAUUUCGCCACGUUCCUGAUGCGCGCGGGUGUUUCCGUGCCGCCGGUUUUCCUGUCGGCGUGGUACAACAACAACAUCGCCCAUGAGGGCCGCCGUGUGGCUCUCGCAUCGGUUGGCGGGCCUCUGGAAGGCUUGAUGGGUCUGGUGGCGAGCAGCGUCUUCCAGAAACGGGAUGCGCCAAAGUACAUGCCCGCCCUCAUCACGGCGGCCUGUUUCGGCGCGGCUGGCGGUCUUGUCACCGGGCUUGUCGGCCUGUACAUGGUGCUCGAUAACAAGAGACGCGACCGCAAGGCCGGCCUCAGGGUCAAGGCUCACCAGGUACCCACCGCCAAGCUUAGAGACGGGCCUGGCUCACCCGAGUUCAGAUGGUACGUGUAA